AUGUUUCCUGUUAUGAGUGUCUUAGCGAUUAGUCGUAUCCUCAUUAUUCAAAAUUUCGUGCGACCUAAGGAGACUCCAGCAGUAUUGAAGGUGUUGAUGGUGGUCGGCUGGCUCUACUCCAUCGGUGUCUGGCUAUGGGGGUGUAUCACUCAAAAUUUCGCACUCGAUGGUGUCGGAUGGAGCUACGACUUGACCAAGCUUGGAGCUCCAACAUUGUCAGCGCUUGAAUGGUACCUAUGUUUUCCGUCACUUGGACUGACUUAUAUAGGCUACCUCGUCAUUGUGAUUCACGUAGAAGCGACAAAACGCCACACGACGACGACUAGCAGCCGAAAACAAGAAAUGAAAAUUUUUCUACAGGCAACGUUUCUAUGUUGUUAUAUAAGCACCCUCAUUAUUCUCUGGCACAACGCAGCCGAUUGGUUUAAUAUGACGACCGCCACGAUCGCUAUUCUGAAUUGUGCUUGGAUAUGUUUCACAUACCUGAACCCAUUUUUACUCAUUACUUUGAAUCCGUAA